UAAUGAGUGAAACAAUGGGCCUGAGUGUAUUCUACAAUGCAGCUGCAGCCUCUUUUCAGAUGCCUCAGGACGCUUGUCUGCCCAUGUGAGCGAGACCUCCAGACCACCACCUCCAAGGGGGCGUCACCUGACGACGCAUGCAAAUAAUUUCCGCAAAGAAAACGACCCCUCAGAGUACAAUAUACUUCAGCAGCGCUUCUAUAUCGUAUUCUUUUCCACCCAACCGUUUUGCUGUCUGGUUUUGUCAGGUGAACCCCCAGACACGAUAUAUAGAUGCGUCGGUGCCCCCCGCGCUUCAGAAUGGACUCGUCCAGUUCUCAUCACCGGAGCGAAUCGAUCGUUAAAGAAGCUUGAAUAUUGCAGCUGUUUCUGCACCGGCUGAAGUGACAUCACGAGUCUUCAGGUAACGGCAUCUGUUUAGUCCUCCUCAGACUAAAGUGAAGUGGAGAAAACAAUGGAGGAACAGAAGCUGAAUGAUCCUAUUAAUAAAGUGUCUCUUAUCAAAGAUGAGCUGAGCAGGAGCACUGUGGAGGCCAGUAAGUCUGAGAAGGUCAUCCAGCGGCUGAACCAAGAACUUCAGGAAGCCAAUGAACAGGCCAACUCGGGCAAACACAAGUGUAUUGAACUCCAAGGUCUAUUGGAGGAGGAGAAAAGAGCCAAUAAGCAGCAGGCGGAGGAGUCAGCAAAACAGAUAAAGGUCUUACAGACUCAGCUCCAGAAGCUGCAGGAAGAUAUGGAGAAUCUCAGGGAUCAGAAGGACAGCUCAAUCUUCAGCUUGCGACAGGAAGCGCACACAGCUCAUGAGGAAGUGCAGGUGUUGCGCCGCACUAUGGAGAAAACUGCAGCCGAGCGAGAGCAUGAGGUCAGCGCACUGAAAGGGAACCUAGCAACGCUAACUUCUGAGCUGGAGAAAUGGCAGUUGGCUGCAAACAAGUAUGAGCGUGAGCUCGACAGUGUACAGGCCAAUCACCAGCAGCAGAACCAGCUGAGAGACAUAGCUGCCAAGCAGCAAGCGAGCGAGCUGGAGCGGCUGCAGAAGGACUGUGAGAGCCUGAGGAGGGAAUGUGCGUCUCUGAGGUCAGAGAGAGAGCAGCUGGCUGAUAAACAGCAGAAAGAGAAGAUCAGCCUGCAGAGUGAGAGCAGCACCCUACGCUCAGAGAAAGAACAGCUACAGAAGAAACAGCAGCAGCUGGAGAAAGAGCUGGACAGGUCUGUUCUAUGACCGCAUAUACAGUUCAUUCA